AUGGCGACCUUGUUGCGCCCUGCGCUGCGGUACUCGCCAACCUCUGUGCCGAGCCAAGAGGCAGCGGAAGGAGGUGGCGAUGCCGGCCUUGAUUAUGUCGCCAAUUUGCUGCAGUCCAUUGUUCAGGCCACCCGUGUACCUGUCACAUCUUCUCACGACCAACACACGGUCCACAGAGGCAGUGAUGCACAGUACGAUGAGCUGCACCUCGUGCAUCUUCCGAUUGGUGGAUCAUCCAACCCCAAGAUUGCCGAGAUCCAGCAGCUAAUCGAUGUCCUUGCGCGCCGUCUGUGGUGCGCCGAAGACAGACACGCCGUGGAUAUGCGUUCGCGGCCUUACAUUCAAACACGCAAUUUGCCGGACCCUGUUUCGCGACUGACUGCCGAGCGUGCUGAUCCUGUGUUGCGCAGUCCGCAUAUUGCGCCGAUUCUCGCGGCGGUCGCUCCGACGGGUAUGGAUCCGAACGAGAUGCUCGAUUACGCUUCGGCAGAAAGUGGUCUCAGUGCGGAAGAGGAGCUGCAUUUACUGCGUGCACAGGUCCGUGAUAUCGCCCGUGUAUGUAAGGCGGUCGCGUUAGGCGAUCUAUCGCAGCAUAUCAUGGUGCCUGUCCAAGGACCUGUCAUGGUGGAACUCAAGGAGAUCAUCAAUCAGAUGGUGGACCGGCUGGGCAACUUUGCCAGCGAAGUAACGCGUGUGUCACUGGAAGUCGGCACACAAGGCAAGCUCGGUGGGCAGGCUGACGUUCCGGGUGUGCAGGGCACAUGGAAGGAACUCAAAGACGUGGUGAACCGCCUGGCCGAGAACCUUACGAACCAAGUGCGCGGCGUGGCGCUGGUCACCAAGGCUGUUGCACGAGGUGAUCUGUCGAAAAAGAUCGAUGUUCAAGCCGAUGGCGAGAUUCUCGAGCUCAAAGUCACCAUCAACGUCAUGGUGGACCAGCUCCGGCAUUUCGCGAACGAAGUAACGCGUGUAUCGCGUGAAGUCGGCUCUCAAGGUCGAUUGGGUGGCCAGGCUUAUGUGCCUGGCGUGAAGGGCGUGUGGAAAGAGCUUACGGACAACGUGAACCGCAUGUGUCUGAACCUCACUGAGCAAGUGCGGUCGAUCGGUAUGGUCACGACUUCUGUCGCACGUGGUGACCUCACCAAGACCAUCGAAAUCACCGCCGAGGGAGAAAUGGCUGAGCUCAAGGAUACCGUCAACAGCAUGGUUGCUCAGCUACGAGUUUUUGCCAGUGAAGUAGUGCGCAUGUCGCUCGAAGUCGGCACGUUUGGUCGUCUUGGUGGACAGGCCAACGUUCCGAAUGUGGAAGGUAUCUGGAAGGAUCUCACGCUCAGCGUCAACAAAAUGGCCGACAACCUCACGUCGCAAGUGCGCGAAAUCGCGCGCGUCACCAAGUGUGUCGCCGAAGGCGUGCUCACCGAGUUUAUCACGGUCGAUGUCCAGGGUGAGAUUCUCGAGCUCAAGGACACCGUCAAUAACAUGGUGCGGCAAUUGCGCACGCUGUCGGACGAGAUUAUCCGCGUAUCCGUCGAAGUAGGCACCGAGGGUCGUCUAGGGGGCCAGGCCAAUGUGGAAGACGUCAAGGGCCAAUGGGAAGUGCUCACGAAGCGUGUCAACAUGAUGGCCUCAAACCUUACGACGCAGGUGCGCUCCAUUGCCACAGUCAAUACAGCUGUCGCACGCGGCGAUCUCAGCAAAACCAUCAACGUGGAAGUGCGCGGCGAAUUCCUCGAUUUGAAGAACACCGUCAAUAACAUGGUGGAAAGUCUGCGCACCUUCUCCACGGAAGUCACGCGUGUGGCCACCGAAGUCGGUACGGAGGGUAAGCUCGGUGGUCGUGCGAAUGUGCUGGGUGUCGAUGGCACUUGGAAGGAUCUCACGGAUUCAGUGAACACGAUGGCCGCCAAUCUCACGCUGCAGGUGCGAACUAUUGCGCAUGCCACGACAGCUGUGGCGCGUGGUGAUCUGACGCAAAAGGUGACCAUCUCUGUCAGCGGUGAAAUACUCGAUCUAGUCAACACCAUCAACAACAUGAUUGAUCAAUUGUCGUUCUUCGCCUCCGAAGUCACGCGUGUGGCGCGUGAGGUAGGUACCGAGGGCAAGCUAGGCGUUCAGGCGCAGAAGAAGGACAUCGAAGGUACUUGGGACGAAAUCACGGACAAUGUCAAUAUCAUGGCCAACAACUUAACGUCCCAGGUGCGUGCGUUUGCCCAGAUUACAGCUGCAGCAACGGAUGGCGACUUUUCGCGCUUCGUCACCGUUGAGGCCAGCGGUGAAAUGGACUCGCUCAAGACCAAGAUCAAUCAAAUGGUGUACAGUCUGCGUGACAGUAUCCAAAAGAACACGGCAGCUCGUGAAGCUGCCGAACUGGCAAAUCGCUCCAAGUCUGAGUUUUUGGCUAACAUGUCGCACGAAAUCCGCACGCCCAUGAAUGGUAUCAUUGGUAUGACAUCGCUCACGCUCGAAACGGUACUUUCCCGCACACAGCGUGAAAACCUCGUGACCGUCUCGACUCUUGCUAGCAAUUUACUGGCCAUUAUUGACGACAUUCUCGAUAUUUCGAAGAUCGAGGCUGGCCGUAUGAACAUUGAAGAGAUUCCCUUCAGCCUGCGUGGCAUCGUGUUCAGUGUGCUCAAAACCCUGAGUGUGCGUGCUGCCCAAAAGAAACUGAACCUCGUCUACGAAGUGGCACCCGAGGUGCCAGAUCCUCUCAUCGGUGACGCCCUGCGUCUCAAGCAGAUCAUCACCAACUUGAUUGGCAAUGCUGUCAAGUUUACCGAGAGCGGUGGCAUUGUCGCAUUGCGCUGUAAACUCAACAGCCCGCCCGAUGCGGCGGAGACUGUGCUCGAGUUUUGUGCGUCCGAUUCAGGUAUCGGUAUCAAGCAGGACAAACUGGAUAUGAUUUUCGACACAUUCUGUCAAGCUGAUGGCUCAACGACGCGGAAGUAUGGUGGCACAGGUCUUGGACUGUCCAUUUCACGCCGACUCGUGAACCUCAUGGGUGGUGAUAUGUGGGUGCGCAGCCACCUUGGCAAAGGCUCUGACUUUUUCUUCACCAUGGUAGUGCGGCGCGACAAGUUCACAACAGAGCAAUUAAAUGAGCGCAUGCAUCCUUACAAGGGACGCAAGGUGCUAUUCCUGGAUACCAAGGGCGAGGGAGCAGACGUGGCUCGCAUGAUUGACCAACUUGGCUUGAAACCGAUUGUAUUCCAUACCCUGAAAGAAACGAUGCAGCACAGCUCGUCCUUCAACCGCAUCGAUGCCAUCGUAACAGACGUAUUGUACGUGGUAUCGCAUCUACGCACCAUUGAACAGCUUCGCUAUAUCCCCAUCAAUCUCGUCACCCAGGAAACGCUCACACUCAAUCUCACAUACUGCUUGGACUACGGUAUUUCGUCCUACAUCAACACGCCCAUGUCGCUGGAAGACCUGUACUAUGCCCUCCUUCCCUCGCUAGAAAGCAGCGCGGCCAUUCCAAGCGAAGGUAACACGGACGUUACGUACCAUAUUCUUCUCGCCGAGGACAAUUUGGUUAACCAGAAGCUGGCUUGCAAGAUCCUGCAGAACCAGGGCCACAAAGUGGAUGUUGUCGACAACGGCGAGCAGGCCGUUGAAGCAACGCAGCGCUGCAGAUACGAUGUGAUUCUUAUGGAUGUAAGCAUGCCUGUCAUGGGAGGUAUCGAGGCCACCAUGGCUAUUCGAGAACGCGAACAGUCGCUCAAUCUGGAGCCUAUCCCCAUUGUGGCCCUGACCGCACAUGCCAUGCUGGGUGACAAAGAAAAGUGUCUACAAGCUGGCAUGAAUGCAUACGUGAGCAAGCCUAUUCGGCGUGUAGAACUGGUGUCCACACUGAACCAGCUUCUAAGCCAAAAACAACCAAAGCAAUCCUAA